CAUUGCUGGCAGCCUGGUGUACUCAUACAUCACUCUGACAGAGGAGCAGUCUAGCAGAAGCAGCGACAACGCCAAGCUAGACAUCAAAGGCAAGGUGGACGUGUGACAGCACGCUGAGGGUGCAGCUGGAUGCAGUAUUUGAGCAGUCGCUGUGGAGUUUUAACGAGGAUGAAGCCCCUCCCACUGCUCCAGAGGGACCGAGCGCAGCGUUUACUCGCCGUUUUGAACUCUUUUCAUUCAAUGCUGCUCAUUGUGAGAACAAGGGAAUGCAGAACUAUUUCUACUGAGAGACUUCCUGUUAGCGCUGUUCACACGUCGCCACGGCAACGCCUCGAGGGACGGCCCUUUAUAUCAGCCACACUGUUUGCUGUUUACAAAGUGCAGGAGCCAUGUGAGCUCAGUGACUGAGACCACAGUGUUCAUGCUGCCAGAGCGCAUCAGCAGGAGUGUCAGUAUUAUUCAGGUGUUUUCCUUUAUCUCACAAUGUUUGUCUAUACUUAAAGACCUGAUGUGUCAUCGCUUGCUUUCAGAUUUACUUUUUUUUUACAUUUCCUCCCAAACAUUUCAGUCUGUCAUGAUGGUUUUGAUGUUAUUUACGUCUUUUGAAUAUUUAUUGCUUUAACAGACUCUCUGUAGAUGAAGAUGGUAGCAUCUCAAUGUCACUAAAGAAUGGACUAUUUUUUGCAUUAAUAAAAGAACCAUGUUUAUUUUCUUAUGUGGUCGACUCUUAAAGUUUGAAUUAAAGUUCCCCUUUUAAAAUAA